GCGUCCUCCUUCCGUGACUGCAAGCCCUCAGGCUCUUCUUUCACGCCAGACCACCCACAACCCAGCCAGUGCCCGAGCACGAGUCCUUUCUUGUGUGUCAACCCUCAAGUCUCGAGUCCCGCCCAGCAGUUGGGAAAGGUUCGUCAACAUCGAGCGGCACAGGAGGCAGCGCCAAUCACAAUGUGUCCAGAUAACACCUCCACGUCAGACCGGCACCAAGAGCUACGACGACACCCAGACAUUGCCGUCGAUGCCGAUCCUGUCUCCAACAAGAACAAUAAAUCCCACGCUCAAGAGCAAAACAACCGCAUCACAAACAUCACCCAAGCCAUGCGCAUAUACCUGGCCACCACCUGCCAGAGCGAAGAGGAGAAGCGCUUCCGGCUGUCGCGGUUCGUCCAGGAUCCCUCGGGGUUCAGCCACGCCGCGCCCUGUGCGCAUAUCGCUGGUGGUGGUGGGGACGGUCUCGAACAUGAUGCUCAGAACGCGGAGGAUGGAAGCCUGGAGACUCUGUCCCUCGUGGGGGUUCUGACGGUUGAUGAGCGUUAUGAAGUUGCUCAGGUUGUGAUGUCGACUAGCUGAGGAGGCGCCCGGUUGGCGACGCAGAAAGCGGGCAGGAUACGGUCAGAACGGAGCGGGAAGAGUUUGAGACAUUGAAGUCCUUCGGUCGGCUCCGCCAGUACAGCCAUCGGCGCCCUGGUCGGUAAUGGUGACAGCGCUGUUGCCGGCCAUGGAAAGUUGUAUCGUCC